AUGUUCAUCCCUGAGAGGUUCAUCAAACUUGGCCCCGCCCCCUUCCUGGUGUUGACGCCCACCACCCACGACUCCAUUUUGCAGAUCUUUCAUGAUGCUCUCAACGUUAUACAAACUAGCAGGAAGAAAUUGACGCACCUGAGACAGCCAUUAACAAGGCCAGAGGGAUUUAUACUGCACUUGGAUCUCUGGCGCUCAAGUGAUGAUAGAUUCAAAUUCUAUGCUCCGCUUGUGGUCACGCACAUUUCAGGGACGAGUAGUGGGGGGAGCAUACCCAGGUAUUCUGCAUCAGUCAAACCUUCCAAAUCAACUUCAUCAAAUGUUAUGGGGACAACUAGGGCACGUACUCGGGCACUUAUGACUGUAACAAUCGGCUAUUCAGUAUCCCAGGUCAGGGAGAAGCUGGGGCUUUCUUACCAUAAUAUACGUGGAUUACACAACAUUGUUGACUACAGCAUACCGUCUAGGGCUGAAUGGAAAUUAACUAUGAUAUCUUUUCCUGAUACUCCGAAUGAUACACACCUUAUCCAGUAUAGAGAUGUACUUUCAGCCAUCAGGGCUCUCCUUGAGAACCCUGCACAUGCCAAACAUAUAGUCUAUCGCCCAAAAAAGGUUUUCACCAAUGCGAGGAAAGAAUCAAGGAUUUAUCAUGAAAUGUGGACGGAAAAAUGGUGGCAUGCUAUUCAGGCUCGUCUACCAUCUGGGGCAGCCUUGGCUCCUGUUAUUAUUGCAAUGGACAAAACCCAGCUCACGCAAUUCUCUACUUCUAAAUCAGCCUACCCUGUCUAUCUCACACUUGGCAACAUACCCAGAGCUAUACAUCAAUCUACUCCUGGAGAGCCAUGUACACAAACCUGGACUGAGGAAGUCAUUCAUGAUGCUAAAGUCAAUGCAAACUCCUUCAUUCAAUUUCAGGACAGGUGCAAGGAAAAAGAGGUCUCUGGUGGUGUUUACGAGCCAUUCUGGCUUAACUUCCCUCAUUGCAACAUUCAUUUAUCUGUUUCCCCCAACAUUCUCCAUCAACUAUACCAAGGCGUCUUUAAGCAUAUGGUGAACUGGUGCAAGGACCUUAUGGAUCCCAAGGAGCUUGACCAGCGCAUUUCCUCCCUUCCUGCUUGUUAUGGUGUUCGUUAUUUCAAAAAUGGAAUCUCUGCAUUAGGCCAGAUUAGAGGAAAAGAGAGAAAGGAUAUGGCCCGCAUAUUUCUAGGAUCACAGUAUCCCACUCAUGACAACACCACUCUGGGCUACCUUUCAGAUGCUUUGGACACUUUCCACAAACACAAAGAUAUAUUGGUACAACUCAACAUAAGAGAACACCUGAACAUCCCUAAAUUCCACUCUCUCCUCCACUACUGCCAGUUCAUCAUAUGGUUUGGAACCACCAACAAUUACAACAUGGAGAUGUUUGAGCGCUUCCAUAUUGACUUUGCAAAAGAAGGUUGGAGGGCUUCUAAUAAAAGAAAUGAAGCACCACAAAUGGUGACAUGGCUUCUGCGUUGUGAAAAGGUGGUCACUUUCCAAAGCUACCUCAAAAUGACCAUGGAUAAUGAAGAAGACGAAUUCCCUCACUCCAAAUUACAAGACCAAAGACAUGUUGUCGCCAAACCAACCAAACUGAAAGGCAUUAAACUCGACUACUUGGUCCACUGGCAUGGUUAUCCGGUCUCAGAACGUACUUGGGAACCCGACACCAAUCUUACACACGUCUCUGAUUUGCUCGCCACUUUCCACAAAACGCAUCCUGCCGCCCCUUGCAUCAUCACCGCUUCUCUUCACUUCUGUCCUUACAAAAACUACACCGCGACUUCUAAAUCUCCGAUGCUUUUUGAUUGGAUUACCAACAAGUUCCAGAGUGCCGCUUCCGGACUCAUGAGGACACGAGUUUUAUAA